CCCCAGUCCAGGACUCCCCCGGGAUGGAGCGGCUCGCCAGCUUGAUCCUCGCCGUCGCAGUGGCAGGCAGGAAAGCCGACGGAAACCUUUACCCGCUUUAACACCCGCAUCUCCUCUCUGAACGUGCUACUAACCAGAACUCGGAUCCUCAGCACUGGCACACAAGGUAAUGGAGGGGGAUCAAGUGACCCUGCCCUGCAGAUACUCGGUCCAGCGUUACGGACGGAGCAGUGUUUGCUGGGGCCGUGGGUGUGGCGCACUCUGGUGUUCGGGUGCGAUCCUGCAGAUGGAUGGCAGCCGUGUGGUUUCCAAGACGUCGGAAAAGUACCGGCUGGCAGGGAACCUGCGGCUGGGCCUAGUAGACCUGACCAUCGGCAACAUCAGCCGGGCGGACGGCGGGCCGUACUGCUGCAGAGUGGACAUCAAUGGAUAUUUCAAUGACAAGAAAGUGCUUCACACCAUACAGGUGACACAAGCAGUGACCCCAUUUCCUGCACCAGUGGGACCCCAUGGAGAGAAAUCGGAUCCUUACACGGACAGGUAUCCAGAUUCCGAGCCCUUGCCUCUUCUAGAAGAAUAUACUCUGAAUCCUCGUCCCAAUCAUCCCGAAGUUGGCAGCACCAAUGCUGAGCCCACUCCCAGUCUCCCGCUCCAUGUUUACAGCCCUGCGCUGUACCUUUCUGUCUCACUCCUCUUCCUGCUGCUACUGGGUCUGGUCGCUCUGCUAGGGUUCAAACGAAAGCUUCACCAGAGAUGUUCCUUCAGAGGCAGUCUGGCAGGUAGAGAGCCCCGUCACAUCAUCUGGGCGAUCGAGGCCAGGAGGCCUGUGGAAGAGAACAUAUACACUCUGGACUAGGGGGGCCAAGGGCACAGCUGGAGGGGCGCGAUCUCAGCACAGAC